CCAACCCAUCCCAAAAUCAUCGCCAAACACAACUCCAUCUGUUAAAAACCAUCAUCACCAAUUCAAUCGAUCGCCCAACUCGGUCUCUCAAACUCAGUGGGUCAUAUCAGCUCGCCCUUAUGGACGGCUCCACAUCGUUAAUCCGCGGCAGCGCUCCCUUGACCUCAUCCGUCGAGUCCUCCGAGCCCUCGACGUCCUCAUCGUCGGUGUCGAUAAAGAGAGAGGUGGUGGAGGACCGCGAGAAGAGCGUGUCGCGAUACGAUGAGGAGGAGGAGGAGGAGGAAGACGUGUGCCGGAUCUGUCGAAAUCCAGGAGACGCGGAGAAUCCGUUACGGUAUCCGUGCGCGUGUAGUGGAAGUAUCAAAUUUGUUCACCAGGAUUGCCUCCUUCAGUGGCUCAAUCACAGCAACGCUCGCCAAUGCGAGGUUUGUAAACAUGCAUUUUCCUUUUCCCCGGUUUAUGCUGAAAAUGCUCCAGCUAGGCUUCCUUUUCAGGAGUUUGUAGUCGGGAUGGCAAUGAAAGCUUGCCAUGUUGUGCAAUUCUUUCUACGGCUUAGUUUUGUACUUUCUGUGUGGCUCCUCAUCAUACCUUUUAUCACGUUUUGGAUAUGGCGGUUGGCCUUUGUGAGGAGUUUUGGUGAAGCUCAGAGAUUAUUUUUAAGUCAUAUCUCAACAACAGUUAUUCUUACUGACUGUCUGCAUGGUUUCCUACUUUCUGCUAGCAUUGUUUUUAUUUUUCUUGGAGCCACUUCCUUGCGAGAUUACUUCAGGCAUUUACGUGAGCUUGGAGGACAAGAUGCAGAGAGGGAGGAUGAAGGGGAUAGAAAUGGUGCUCGUGUUGCCAGAAGACCUCCUGGACAAGCUAAUAGGAAUUUUGCUGGUGAAGGAAAUGGAGAAGAUGCUGGAGGAGCGCAGGGUGUUGCUGGAGCAGGUCAAAUUAUCAGAAGGAAUGCAGAAAAUGUUGCUGCACGAUGGGAGAUUCAGGCAGCUCGUCUUGAGGCCCAUGUUGAACAGAUGUUUGACGGUUUGGAUGAUGCUGAUGGCGCAGAGGAUGUACCUUUUGAUGAGCUUGUUGGCAUGCAGGGUCCUGUUUUUCAUUUAGUUGAAAAUGCAUUUACCGUUUUGGCUAGCAAUAUGAUAUUCCUUGGUGUUGUGAUCUUUGUCCCCUUCUCUUUAGGUCGGAUAAUUCUAUAUUAUAUGUCAUGGCUUUUCUUCUCUACUAGUGGUCCAGUGUUGUCAACGGUCAUGCCACUCACAGAUACAGCCCUCUCUUUAGCAAAUAUUACGUUGAAGAAUGCAUUAAGUGCUGUCACAAAUCUCACAUCUGAAGGUCAAGAAAACAGCAUGCUUGGCCAGGUUGCUGAGAUGUUAAAAGGAAAUGCUAGUGGAUUAAAUGAAGCAGCUAAUAGUACAAGUGCACCACUUUCAGCAGAUCUCUUAAAAGGGGCAACUAUUGGAACAUCACGACUUUCUGAUGUUACUACACUUGCUAUUGGAUAUAUGUUCGUAUUCUCUCUUGUCUUCUUCUACUUGGGUAUUGUUGCCUUGAUUCGGUACACCAAGGGUGAGCCUUUGACUAUGGGGAGGUUUUAUGGUAUUGCUUCUAUAGCAGAAACGAUUCCAUCCCUCUUGAGGCAGUUUCUAGCUGCAAUGAGGCAUUUGAUGACCAUGAUUAAGGUUGCUUUCCUUCUGGUCAUUGAACUUGGGGUGUUUCCUUUAAUGUGUGGAUGGUGGUUAGAUGUCUGUACCAUAAGGAUGUUUGGGAAGACAAUGUCUCAAAGAGUUCUGUUCUUUUCAGUCUCUCCUUUGGCAAGCUCGUUGGUUCAUUGGGUUGUAGGGAUUGUGUACAUGUUACAAAUAAGUAUCUUUGUUAGCCUUCUUCGAGUGGUUCUGCGUAAUGGAGUUCUGUACUUUCUUCGAGAUCCUGCUGAUCCCAAUUAUAAUCCAUUCCGUGAUCUAAUUGAUGAUCCUGUACACAAGCAUGCUCGCAGAGUUCUGUUGUCUGUUGCAGUUUAUGGGAGUUUGAUUGUGAUGCUGGUAUUUUUGCCAGUCAAACUUGCUAUGCGGAUGGCUCCCUCCACUUUUCCUCUUGACAUAUCGGUAUCUGACCCAUUUACUGAAAUACCAGCUGAUAUGCUUCUCUUUCAAAUCUGCAUUCCAUUUGCCAUUGAGCAUUUUAAAUUGCGGACAACAAUCAAGUCUCUUCUUCGCUAUUGGUUUACAGCAGUUGGCUGGGCACUUGGUCUGACUAAGUUUUUGCUGCCCAGACCUGAUGAAAGUAGUGGCCAGGAAAAUGGAAAUGUUGAGCCAAGGCCAGAUAGACUGCAGGUAAUACCAUUAGGACAUGAACGAGCCCCCCUGGUUCAAUAUCCAGCAGUGGAUGAUGUAAAUAGAGGCAAUCUAGGAUCUGGAAACUCUAAUGUUUCAGAGGAGUAUGAUGCUGAUGAUCAGACUGACUCAGACAGGUACGGCUUUGUUCUUCGUAUUGUCCUCUUGCUGGUGAUUGCCUGGAUGACUCUGCUUGUUAUUAACUCAGCCUUGAUAGUGGUGCCAAUUUCACUUGGACGCGCAGUUUUUAAUGCAAUUCCUCUUCUUCCAAUUACUCAUGGCGUCAAGUGCAAUGAUCUGUAUGCUUUCAUCAUUGGAAGCUAUGUCAUUUGGACUGCCAUAGCUGGAGCUAGAUAUUCCAUUGAGCAUGUUAGAACAAAGAGGGCGGCAAUUUUGUUUGGCCAAAUUUGGAAGUGGUGUGGUAUUGUCAUUAAGAGCUCUGCAUUAUUGUCAAUAUGGAUUUUUGUCAUUCCAGUAUUAAUUGGGUUGCUGUUCGAGCUCCUGGUGAUUGUGCCAAUGAGGGUGCCUGUAGAUGAAAGCCCGGUUUUCCUCCUGUAUCAGGACUGGGCGUUGGGCCUCAUUUUUCUGAAGAUAUGGACUAGAUUGGUUAUGUUGGAUCACAUGAUGCCCCUGGUAGAUGAUGGCUGGCGGAUAAAAUUCGAAAGGGUGAGAGAAGAUGGUUUCUCCAGGCUGCAAGGUCUUUGGGUGCUUAAAGAGAUUGUUUUCCCAAUCAUAAUGAAGUUGUUGACAGCCCUGUGUGUACCAUAUGUCUUAGCCAGAGGGGUGUUUCCUGUACUUGGGUACCCAUUAGUAGUAAAUUCAGCAGUCUAUCGUUUUGCGUGGCUGGGAUGCCUAUGUUUCAGUGUGUUGUGGUUUUGUGCUAAGAGAUUUCAUGUCUGGUUCACUAACCUUCAUAACAGCAUUCGUGAUGAUCGAUACCUAGUUGGCCGUAGGCUUCACAACUAUGGGGAAGAUUCGCAAGAGAAGCAAAACGAGGCAGGGAUGCCCUCUGACACCCAAAGUUCUAACAUACGGGGCUCUGGUUUGAUCCAAUACGACAGAGAAGUUGAUGUAGGGUUGAGGUUGAGACGCGGUAAUUGAAACUAUUCUUAAUUUCUGAAGCAGGUUUGUUGUAGGUUUUGGUCCUAGUCUCAUUAGGGCUUUUGUAUAAGUAUUGAAUACUUGUUCAAAUGUUUAUGUUGAUAGCUCUUUACCGUGUUGGGGGCUUGAAAGACGCUCUCAUAGCUUACCAGUUAUCUUUUGAUCUUGUGCACAUAUUAACUUAGAAAGUAGGAAAACUGUGAAAUUAUAAUGCAUUAUUUUGUUUUGCUCUAUGAA